UCUCUUCUCCAUCACACACACUCUUUCUCCCUGGGCUACUGAACCUUGACCCAACUCACCUGGUCCUGAACUAUAGUGAACUAGGAACUACAAUGUCUUCUGCUGCGAUUAGUUUGCCUCCGGCGUCUCCAGCCAAAGCGCCGAAGAAGAGAUCCAAGUCGGUGAGGAGGAAUACGGGCCCCACUGUGUCCGACCUGAUCCUGAAGGCAGUGUCUGCAUCCAAGGAGCGAGGCGGCAUGUCCCUGGCUGCCCUGAAGAAGACUCUGCAGGCCGGCGGAUACGAUGUGGUGAAGAACAAAGCCAGAAUCCUCAUCGCCAUCAGACGCCUGGUAGCCAACAAAGCUCUGGUGCAAACCAAAGGCAGCGGGGCGUCGGGCUCCUUCAAGGUGAACAAGAAGCCUCCCACACCUCGGAAGAAGAAGGUGGUGAAAAAGAAGAAGCCUAAGGCAAAGAAACCCAGGAGGGCGAGCGCCAAGAAAGCAGCCGGAGGCGCCACGCCGGCAGCCAAAAAGUCACCAAAGAGAAAGAGAAAGACAAAGACAAAGGCAAAGAGUCCCAAGAAAGCCAAGAAACCAGCCGCGGCCAAGAAGCCCAAGAGCCCGAGGAAGACCAAGCGCAGGGUCUCCAAAUCUACCAGAGCCAGGAAGGCCAAGAAGUGAAUUCGACUUACUGAACACUAAAUGCUGUCCAAAAGCAUUUCUGGAGGAGAUAGUUCUGCAUUUGUGGACUGCACUUAAGCGUUCAACCCAUGAACUGGUGUGCCUUUGCGUUUUUCUAUAAUAGAGAACACUGCACCUGCUGUUUUUACACUCCUCACCACAAACUGAUGUGAUGUGGUCUCUUUAAUGAAUUAGCAUUGCCAUUGU